AUGAGUAACCAACCUCGUUCUCACGGUACCAACCGAUCCCUAGCCACGUCAGCCAACGUUGUAGGUGUUCAUUACAAAGUUGGAAGAAAAUUGGGAGAAGGAAGUUUUGGCAUCAUUUACGAAGGAACCAAUCUACUCAAUAGUCAACAAGUUGCCAUCAAAUUCGAACCUCGUAAAUCAGAUGCUCCCCAAUUACGAGAUGAGUACCGAACCUACAAGAUUCUUGCUGGCUGCACUGGAAUUCCUACUGCCUACUACUUUGGACAAGAAGGCCUACACAACAUCUUGGUCAUUGAUAUGCUUGGUCCAAGUCUUGAAGAUGUAUUCGAUAUGUGUUCUCGCAAACUGAGUAUCAAGACGGUAGCUAUGCUUGCCAAGCAAAUGAUUACCCGUGUACAGAGUGUUCAUGAACGUAACUUGAUUUACCGUGACAUCAAACCAGACAACUUUCUGAUUGGUCGUCCAAACACAAAGACCGCCACAAUGGUCUACAUGAUCGAUUUCGGUAUGGCCAAACAAUACCGAGAUCCAAAGACAAAGCAGCAUAUCCCUUAUAGAGAACGCAAGAGUCUGUCCGGAACUGCAAGAUACAUGAGUAUCAAUACCCACCUAGGAAGAGAACAAUCAAGAAGAGAUGAUUUGGAAUCUCUUGGCCAUGUAUUCAUGUACUUUUUGAGAGGCUCACUUCCAUGGCAAGGGCUUAAGGCAGCCACAAACAAGCAAAAGUAUGAGAAGAUUGGAGAAAAAAAGCAGUCGACUGCUGUAAAGGAUCUCUGUGCCGGAUUUCCAGAGGAGUUUGGAAUCUACCUUCAAUAUGUGCGUAAACUCGGUUUUGAAGAGUCGCCAGAUUAUGAUUUCUUGCGCGAGUUGUUCAACAAGGUUUUGAGAGUAAGAGGCGAAACAGAAGAUUUUGUGUAUGAUUGGACAUUGUUGAAUAAUGGCAAAGGAUAUGAGGUAAGUUUACUAUUACUGCUGCUAUUGGUGUAUAUGUCUUAA